AUGGAACCUGCCUCAGGUCCCAGCCUCCUGCUGGUGCUGCUGAGCAGUCUCCUCCUGGUCCUGGGGGACCCCAUGUUCUCCAUAAUCACCCCCAAUAUCUUGCGGCUGGAGAAUGAGGAGACCGUGGUGCUGGAGGCCCACGGUGGGACAGGUAACAUUCCUGUCAAGGUUACGGUACACGACUUCCCAGGCAAGAAGCAGGUGCUGUCCAGCGAGGACACCAUUCUGAACAGCGCCAAUGGCUACCUGAGCACCGUCACCAUCAAGAUCCCGGCCAGCAAGGAGUUAAAAUCACAGAAGGGGAACAAGUUUGUGAGUGUCCAGGCGGCCUUUGGGAAUGCCCCGCCAGUGGAGAAGGUGGUGCUAGUCAGCUUUCAGAGCGGGUAUCUCUUCAUCCAGACAGACAAGACCAUCUACACCCCAGGCUCCACAGUCCUCUACCGGAUCUUCACUGUGGACAAUGAGCUGCUGCCCGUGGGCCGGACGGUUGUCGUCAGCAUUGAGACGCCCGAAGGCAUUCCCAUUAAGCGGGACCCCCUCUCUUCUCAAAACCACUUUGGCAUCUUGCCCUUGUCUUGGAACAUCCCAGAGCUGGUCAACAUGGGGCAGUGGAAGAUACGAGCCCACUAUGAAGAUUCGCCACAGCAGGUCUUCUCGGCUGAGUUUGAGGUGAAGGAAUAUGUGCUGCCUAGUUUUGAGGUCCAAGUGGAGCCUGCAGAGAAAUUCUACUACAUUGAUGACCCUAAGGGCCUGGAGGUUACCAUCACAGCCAGGUUCCUGUAUGGGAAGAACGUUGAUGGAACAGCCUUUGUCAUCUUUGGGGUCCAGGAUGGUGACCAGAGGAUUUCACUAUCCCAGUCACUCACCCGUGUUGUGAUCCAGGAUGGCACUGGAGAGGCUGUGCUGAAAAGAGAGGUUCUGCUGAGUGCGGCUCCGCAGCCCCCUCGAGAAGCUGCCCUAGUGGGAAAGUCAUUGUAUGUGUCUGUCACCGUCAUCCUACAGUCAGGCAGCGACAUGGUGGAGGCAGAGCGCAGCGGGAUCCCCAUCGUGACCUCCCCCUACCAGAUCCACUUCACCAAGACACCCAGGUUCUUCAAACCUACCAUGCCCUUUGACCUCAUGGUGUACGUGACGAACCCCGAUGGCUCCCCGGCCGGCCGAGUCCCCGUGGCCACUCAGGGCUCCAAUCAAGUGCAUUCUGUGACCCGCGAUGAUGGCCUGGCUAAGCUCACCAUCAACACACACAAGAGCCUGAAGCCCCUGUUGAUCACUGUACGCACAAUGAAGGAGGGCCUCCCGGAGGGGCGACAGGCUACCAGUCAAAUGCAGGCCCUACCCUACGGUACGAUGAACAACUCCAACAACUACCUGCACCUCUCUAUGCCUGCCACGAAGCUCAAGCCAGGGGACACGCUCAAUGUCAACUUUGUCCUGCAAAUGGACCCCGGCCAGGAUGCCAAUGUCCGAUACUUCACCUACCUGGUCAUGAACAAGAGGAAGCUGUUGAAGGUGGGACGCCAGGUGCGAGAGCCCGGCCAGGUCCUGGUGGUGCUGCCUCUGACCAUCACGACAGAGUUUAUUCCUUCCUUCCGCCUGGUGGCCUAUUACACGCUGAACAAUGGAGGCCAGAGGGAGGUGGUGGCUGAUUCCGUGUGGGUGGAUGUCAAGGAUUCAUGUGUGGGCACGCUGGUGGUGAAAAGUGCCAUGAAGGAGGAAAAGCAUCAGCAUCUACCUGGACAACAGAUAUCGCUCAAGAUUGAGGGUAACCAGGGGGCUCGAGUGGGGCUGGUGGCCGUGGACAAGGGCGUGUUUGUGCUGAAUAAGAAGAACAGGUUGACUCAGAAAAAGAUCUGGGACACAGUGGAGAAGGCAGACAUUGGCUGCACACCGGGCAGUGGAAAGAACUAUGCAGGUGUCUUUACGGAUGCCGGGCUGGCCUUCCAGACCAGCAAAACCCUGCAGACCGAGCAGCGGUCAGAUUUGGCAUGCCCGAAACCAGCCACCCGGCGCCGCCGCUCAGUGCAGCUCAUGGAGAAGAGGAAGGGCAAAGCGGGUAAGUACCCCAGCAAGGAGCUGCGCAAGUGCUGUGAGGACGGUAUGCGGGAGAACCCCAUGAAGUACCCGUGCCAGCGCAGGGCACAGUUCAUCCUCCAGGACAAGGCCUGCAGGGACGCCUUCCUGGACUGCUGCAACUACAUCACCCAGCAGCGGCUGGAGCACAGCCGAGACAGCGACAUGGUCCUGGCCAGGCGUGACCUGGAUGAGGAGAUCAUUCCGGAAGAAGACAUCAUUUCCAGAAGCCAGUUCCCUGAGAGCUGGCUGUGGACCAUCAAGGAGUUGAAUGACCCAGAGAAAAGUGGAGUCUCCUCCAAGAUCAUAGAGGUGAUUUUGAGAAACUCCACCACCACCUGGGAGAUCAUGGCUGUGAGCUUGUCCGACAGGAAAGGGAUCUGUGUGGCUGACCCCUAUGAGGUGACAGUGGUGCAAGAUUUCUUCAUUGACCUGCAGCUGCCCUACUCUGUGGUUCGUAAUGAGCACGUGGAGAUCCGAGCUGUCCUCUACAACUACCGGGAAGAAGAUACGCUCACGGUGAGAGUAGAAAUGCUCUACAAUCCAGCCUUCUGCAGCUUGGCCACUGCCAAGAAGCGUCACCUGCAGACUGUAUCCAUCCCUCCCAAGUCCUCGCUGGCCGUGCCUUAUGUCAUUGUGCCUCUGACGGUCGGCUUGCAGGAAGUAGAGGUCAAGGCCACUGUCUAUCGGUACUUCAUCACCGACGGUGUAAGGAAGACCCUGAAGGUCGUGCCUGAAGGAAUCAGAAUGAACAAGACUGUGGCCGUUAAGACACUGGAUCCACAACACCUGGGCCAAAACGGUGUGCAGCGAGUGGAGGUCGAGGCUGCAGACCUCAGUGACCAAAUCCCUGACACAGAGUCAGAAACUCGGAUCCUCCUGCAGGGGACCCCAGUGGCCCAGAUGGCAGAGGAGGCCAUUGAUGGGGAGCAGCUGAAACACCUCAUUGUGACCCCCUCGGGCAAUGGAGAGCAGAACAUGAUUAGUGUGACGCCCACGGUCAUCGCAGUGCACUACCUGGACCACACUGAGCAGUGGGACAAGUUUGGCAUUGACAAGCGGCAGGAGGCCCUGGACCUCAUCAAGAAUGGGUACACACAGCAACUGGCCUUCAGGCAACCCAACAAGGCCUUUGCGGCCUUCCUGAAUAUGAAGUCCAGCACCUGGCUGACAGCCUACGUGGUCAAGGUCUUCUCUCUGGCCGCCAACCUCAUCACCAUUGACUCCGAAGUCAUCUGUGGGGCUGUCAAGUGGCUGAUCCUGGAGAAGCAGAGGCCUGAUGGAGUCUUCCAGGAGGAUUCACCCGUGGGACAACUACAAAUGACUGGUGGCUUGAAUGAUGCUGAGGAGAAAGAUGUGUCCCUCACAGCCUUCGUUCUCAUCGCGCUGCAGGAGGCUAAAGAUAUUUGCGAGGGACAGGUCAAUAACCUUGGGGGUAGCAUCAAUAAGGCUGGAGACUUCCUUCAAACACACUACAAGAACUUGAAGAGACCAUAUGCUAACCGCUGGGAGGAGCCUGGCCAAAGGCUCUACAAUGUGGAGGCCACAUCCUAUGCCCUGUUGGCUCUGCUGCUGCUCAAAGACUUUGACUCUAUACCUCCUGUUGUGCGCUGGCUCAACGAGCAGAGAUACUACGGAGGUGGCUAUGGCUCCACCCAGGCCACUUUCAUGGUGUUCCAAGCCUUGGCCCAAUACCAGAGGGAUGUCCCUGACCAUGAGGAUCUGAAUCUGGAGGUGUCCAUUAAACUGCCCAGCCGCAGCUCUUCGGUCACGCACCGCAUCCUCUGGGAAUCCGCUAGCCUCCUGCGAUCAGAAACGACCAUGGAAAAUGAGAACUUCACAUUAACAGCUAAAGGGAAAGGACAAGGCACCUUGUCGGUGGUGACAAUGUACCAGGCCAAGAUCAAAGGCGGAACCUCUUGCAAUAAGUUCAGUCUCAAGGUUAUCCUGCGACCAGCCCCUGAAGUGAAGAAGCCUCAGGACGCCAAGAGCACCAUGUUACUCAACAUCUGUACCAGGUACCUGGGAGACCAGGAUGCCACUAUGUCCAUCCUGGAUAUAUCCAUGAUGACUGGCUUUGCUCCUGACAUUGCUGACCUCAAGCAGCUGGCCAGUGGCACUGACACGUACAUCUCAAAGUUUGAGCUGGACAACAAGGCCUUCUCCAACAAGAACACCCUCAUCAUCUACCUGAACAAGAUUUCACACAAUCAAGAGGACUGUGUAUCCUUCAAAGUUCACCAGUUCUUUAAUGUGGGGCUCAUCCAGCCGGGGGCAGUCAAGGUGUACUCCUAUUACAACCCGGAUGAGACUUGUACCCAGUUCUACCACCCGGAGAAGGAAGAUGGAAUGCUGAGCAAAAUCUGCCACAAUGAAAUAUGCCGCUGUGCUGAGGAGAACUGCUUCAUGCAACAUUCAGAGGACCAGGUCACCCCAGACGACCGGGAGGACAAGGCCUGUGAGCCUGGAGUGGACUAUGUGUACAAGACCAGCCUGCUCAGGAAGGAGCUGUCCGAUGAUUAUGACGAGUACAUAUUGGUCAUCAAGCAGAUCAUCAAAUCAGGCACCGACAAGGUGCAGCCUGAACAGGAGCGCAGGUUCAUCAGCCAUGUCAACUGCAGAGCAGCCCUGAAGUUGCAGGAGGGGAAACACUACCUCAUAUGGGGCCCCUCCUCAGACCUGUGGGGAGAGAAAUCCAACAUCAAGUAUAUCAUCAGGAAGGACACCUGGGUAGAGCUGUGGCCUGAAGCGGACGAAUGCCAAGACGAUGAGAACAAGAAGCUGUGCAGGGACCUGGCCAGCUUCAGAGAGAACAUGAUCAUCUUCGGCUGUCCCAACUGA